AUUUAUUGAAUUAGCAAGUGUUUAGCUGGAUAUUGUUGGAAAAGAAUCUUUGUUGAAGAUGGCAGGGCUAGUCAGAAACUUCGAUGUAAACCGCCAGAUUUUACUCAGUGUAGGCACACUGGAGGUCCAAUAAGACUCCUAUUAGAAAAUGUCCGCAAUCCAAGGUAAUCAGACAGUGUGGCCGGUCAAUGAUGGAUUGAAUACAAAGCAUGAAAAAUGUCUCAACAUCACUGAAGAGAUUUAUAAAAGAAUAAACAUUACAUUUCAAAUUAAAAAACUUGAAACUGCCACUCAAAGUGAUGUUACCGACCAAAGUGACCAAAUUGACAGCAACGAACUGAGCAACGAAACGGACCUGUUUGCCUGCGACAAAAGCAGUAUAUCAAGUAGUACGGAAGCUGAGAAGCAAGUACCUGCUAAGUAUGUCAACAUCAACAAUAAUGAGGAGAAGCCCAGGCCAGCUGUGGUCUCCAAAAAACCAAGAAAACGCUUUCGCAAAAGAGUGAAGAAGAGGCAGAAUAAGAAACAGAGUGACAGCGACGGAUCAAGUGAUGAAGCACUGCCCCUCAGUCGUAUAGUUGAUGUAGACAUUGAUAAAUGCACUGGCGAAGACCACGAGUCACUGGACAAUAUUAUGGGGGUGCCAAACAUACUUAUACUUGCUAAAGAUCUGAAACCAAAAACGAAGUGUGAAAAACAGCCCAUAAAGAAAGAUGAAAUUAAGCAGAAGGAAACACCUGAAGGCAUAGAGCAGAUAGAGAGGGAUUCAGAAACAGCUAGUUGUCUAUUGAAAGAAGCCAAGUUGUCUAUGGAACUGAAGAAUUGCACCAUGUGCAGUUUGUCUUUCCGAGGUGACAGAGGCCUGAGACGCCACAUGGCCAUGUCUCAUAUUGUAUCACUUGAACCUAACGUUAAGCAAGGGAGUGCUAAACAAAUCGAGCCAGCUUAAAAAUGAUGUCCAGGAGAAUGGGAG